GGGAGCCCCGAGCUGCGGUGGCGCUGCGGGCUGAGGGUACUGUGCUUUGAGCCUCUGGCCACAGGAGCGCCAAGGAUCGUGUGAGCGCCGCACCUGCGGGCCCAGUUGUCGGGCUGUCGCAGAGCGGGGACCGCCCUACUAGGAGCUGCCGCUGACAUGAGUGCAGUAUCGCAGCCCCAGGCUGCUCAUGACCCUCUGGAGAAGCCAGCCAGCACGGCAAUCCUGUGCAGCACCUGUGGGAAUGUGUGCAAGGGCGAGGUGCUGCGCGUGCAGAACAAGUACUUCCACAUUAGGUGCUUCGUGUGCAAAGCGUGUGGCUGUGACCUGGCCGAGGGUGGCUUCUUCGUACGACAGGGUGAACACAUCUGCACACGUGACUACCAGCGGCUCUAUGGCACUCGUUGCUUCAGCUGUGACCGCUUCAUUGAAGGGGAAGUGGUGUCAGCACUUGGCAAGACCUAUCACCCUGACUGCUUUGUGUGUGCUGUGUGCAGGUUGCCAUUUCCUCCCGGGGAUCGUGUGACCUUCAAUGGAAAGGAGUGUGUGUGCCAGAAGUGUUCCCCGCCCACGACGCUGGGCAGUAGUGCUCACCUGGCCCAAGGCCUCCGGAGUUGUGGGGGCUGUGGCUUAGAAAUCAAGAAUGGCCAGGCCCUGGUGGCUUUGGACAAGCAUUGGCACCUGGGCUGCUUCAAGUGCAAGACUUGUGGGAAACUCCUCAAUGCAGAGUACAUCAGCAAGGAUGGGCUGCCCUACUGUGAGGCUGAUUACCACACUAAGUUUGGCAUCCGCUGCGACGGCUGUGAGAAGUACAUCACAGGCCGCGUGCUGGAGGCCGGGGAGAAGCACUACCACCCUUCCUGUGCGCUAUGCGUCAGGUGCGGCCAGAUGUUCUCAGAGGGCGAGGAGAUGUACCUGCAAGGCUCCUCUAUCUGGCACCCGGCAUGUCGGCAAGCAGCCAGGACUGAAGACAAGAGCAAGAUGCACAGCUCUGUUUGCAGCCAGCCCUGCCCGGGCACCCUGCCCUGUGCCUCACAGGAAACCAGGACUUCCUCAGAGAGCAUUGUCUCCGUGCCUGCAUCAAGCACGUCGGGGUCCCCAAGCCGUGUGAUCUACGCGAAGCUUGGCGAUGAGAUCCUGGACUACAGGGACUUGGCUGCUCUUCCCAAAAACAAAGCAAUCUAUAACAUUGACCGGCCCGACAUGAUCUCCUAUUCACCCUACAUUAGCCACUCGGCCAUUGGGGACAGGCAGAGCUAUGGCGAGUCGCCUCAGUUGCUUUCACCAACGCCGACUGAGGGGGAUCAGGAUGAUCGGUCCUACAAGCAGUGCCGGACCUCCAGCCCCAGCUCUGCUGGCUCCGUCAGCCUCGGGCACUACACCCCAACAUCACGGUCACCCCAGCACUACAGUCGCCCAGCUGGUACUGUGAGUGUUGGUACCAGUAGCUGUCUGUCCCUGUCCCAACACCCAAGCCCUACAUCCGUGUUCAGACAUCAUUACAUCCCCUACUUCCGAGGCAGCGAAAGUGGCCGUAGCACCCCAAGUCUCUCGGUGCUCUCCGACAGCAGGCCUCCUUCCUCUACCUAUCAGCAGGCGCCACGCCACUUCCACAUCCCAGACACUGGCGUAAAAGAUAACAUCUAUAGGAAACCCCCUAUCUACAAACAGCACGCCACCAGGCGAUUGGAGGUGGAGGACAGCACUUUUGAUCAGGACAGCAGGAAGAAGACUACCUGGCUGCUCCUCAAAGGGGAUGCAGACACCAGAACAAAUUCUCCAGACCUGGACAGCCAAUCUCUGUCCCUCAGCAGCGGGGCUGAGCGGGAGCCUCUGCCGAGGAUGCCUGGGGACAGCCUCUACUCACGCUUCCCUUAUUCCAAACCCGACACUCUCCCAGGACCCAGGAAGGAUGGCCUGGACCUCCGGAAUGCCAACCUGGCCCCUUGUGGAGCAGACCCGGAUGCCAGCUGGGGCACGCGAGAGUACAAGAUAUACCCAUAUGACUCCCUCAUCGUAACCAACCGAAUCCGGGUGAAACUGCCCAAAGAUGUGGACCGGACGAGGCUGGAGAGACACCUGUCACCUGAGGAGUUCCAAGAAGUGUUUGGGAUGAGCAUCGAAGAGUUUGACCGCCUGGCCCUGUGGAAGAGGAAUGACCUCAAGAAGAAAGCCCUGCUCUUCUGACAGCCGCCAGCGUCUUUCCAGGAGCCUGUUGGGGGGCAGAGCCGAAGGACCCCACUGCCCCUCUCCCAGAUCCCCCUCCUGCACUUUUCCUCUGCUUCUCUGUGUCAGUGAGGCAGGCGGGGUGCCUGAGGGAGGCGGGGUGGGGCCAGGCCCCGAGGAGCAUCCAGCAGGCAUGGUACCUUCUGCAGCAAGGAUGCACCCCCUGUAGUUUAGGGCCAGGUGCCAGCUUGACUCGCUCCUUCCCGCCACAACCUGAGAUCAGGGCAAUGCCACAGCCAGCUAUCGUAGGAGAUGGGCCAGAGCAUUCGGCCACCCCAGCACCUUUCCAGUGCCCUGGUGUGUGGUGUGCCCACGCCUGUGCUAGGCACUUGGGCAAAGAUGUGUACAGGAGGCGGGUGAAAGGCUCGCCAGUGCCAGACCCUGACACAGCAGGGCUGGUAAGCGUGACACUCCUCAGAGCAUGACCAGGAUGCAGGCGGGCUGAGGCAGGGGAGCCAGGCCCAUGUCCGAGAGGCAGUGGGACUGUGAUGUUUUGCCAUUAUUGUGAUGGAUCUUUUCUGGGGAAUGAAUGUCGACCUGACAGGGUGCCCCCGACUAGUGCUCUGUGUACUGUGCCCUUCCAAAAUCACCCCCUUAGUUGCCUAAAUGAUAUCUUUCAAGUUCCACAGAAGUUUUUAUUUUAUUAAAAAGUAUCGCUUCCUUACACAUAAGAAGACAUAUAUGCAGAGUUUAGUUUUACGGUCCCUCUGAAGAGGAUCGCCUCCGCCUUACACCCCCACUGUGCAGGCCUCUGUGCAGGCCUCUGUGCUUCCCGUCCUCCGCGUUCCUCAGAGGCAGGAGCCCAUCUGUUUCCCUUCGUCCCUGCUCCUUUGUAUGUAUCACACAGACCGCCUCAAAGACAGACUUGCUCAGUAGUGCCGUUUGUAAAUAUCUGUGAAGUGUACGUCUCCUUUUUCCUCACCGUCGUUUUCCUAAAUCUCAAAGAGAAGAGCGCCCCCUGAUGGCCAAAGCCCUGGAAUAAAGGUUUCCCCACCGUGGCCUUGUCUCACAGGAACCUGACCAGUCUUCUCGGUAAAGACACUCACUGUAGCCCCCACAACAUAAAACACACAUGUUCAGGAGCCAUGCUGUCCCACGCAGCCCCGACACAGGCACUGAGUCCUGCAGGAGAGAUGAGUAGAGGUGACGCUUCUUCCAACCUGGGUGUCCAUAAGUGGGAGCUAACUAGGACCCUGGUGACAGACAUAAAAGAACAUGCCAGCCACAGGGUGUGUGGACACUGUGGUCCUGAGUGACUCUAGCUGUCCCCUCUUCUGGGCUGUCCUUCGCACAUUCUCACAUCCCAGGACACGUUGAGUCUUGUUUCCUGCUGGAGUUCUCACCAGCAUGGCUGGGCCAUGGAGGGGAACUUUUGGUACUUAAUCUGCUUCCUGCCACUUAGCAGUCCGGACCAGCACAACUGGAAAACCCCACCUCCUCACUCAUGAGGUGUCAUGUCAUGUCUGAUUCCUGGACACCUGGGAAAAUAAACGGUGACACACUG